AUGGAGAUUGAGAGUGCUCGCAGAGCUGAUACUCGGGCCAAGAUUUUCCUGACGAUGCCGGCAAAAUAUCAGCGUUAUCGCGAUAAAUGCCGCGAGAUGCACGAGCGGCUCAGGGCGAACCCUAAUGCUCGAUCCCUCGGCGAGGAGUUGGAGAAGAGGGACCAGCAACUGAUGGAGGCUAUCCGUAGGAGUAGUGUACUCGAGGAGAAACUUCGUGCCAAGGAUGAAGAGCUUGAGCUGGGUAAAGGGGUUGCUGCAGAGUGCGAACAUCUUCAGGUGAAGUUGAGAUCUAUGCAAUCAGAGAUGGAUCAGAACCUUAUCAGGGUUGAGGCGAUGAGCGCGGAGUGGAUGGGAAAGUUGACCGAGUUGGAGAGAAAAGUUGCCUGUUUGGAAAAUAUCGAGAGUGCUUGGUCAUCGGCUUUGGCGAGGACUGCGGCUUUAGAGAACACCAUUCGCGUCCUCCAAUCCGAGCAGGAAUCGGAGAGGGCAACGACCACGUUGAGGGAGGCGAGGCUUGAGGAGAGCAUUGGCGAGAUCGACCGAGAUUCAUCGACCCUAGUAGACCGGGUCGCUGCUCUUGAGGCCGAAAAGGAGCAACUGUUGGCUCAAGCCGAAUAUUCCUCCGCCGCUGCUCCUCGUCAUUUGCACGAGCUUUGGGUUCAUGCUGAAGCCCAGCGGGAUAUCUACAAGAGUUUGUGGGAGGCGGGCAAAGUUACUGAGGCCGCGUAUGAAGGAGCACGGGCGAAGGCACGAGAGGCUCAUGUAAACUGUGGGUAUGACUCUGCAAUGCCGGAAGCUGAUGAGGGUGUGGGUGAUGAGGGAGGAUCUCCUGGGGAUGGUGUCGAGUGA